UUAUUUUAAAGAAUCCGUAAAGGCCAGCCGGUAACCUCUGGGCUAACUAGCGGGCUAGUUGUUUCCAGAAGUAAUGAGCUAAGUGGCCAUUAGCCUAUUAGCAAUCAAACUGUUGAGAAAUCUAUAUGAAACACUAUUAAAACGUACUAUUUUAUUUUAUGCAAACAAUAUGUUAGCCUUAAAUGUUUACGUUCUGUACGUAAAAGCCGGGUUUUAGUCAUGUUAAUUGGCUUUGAUGAUGAAUAACUUGUCUCGUGACACUGUUGCUAUCAUGACCCAUCACCAACUUCGUCUCCGCCCAGCCAAUAGGAUCGCCUGAAAGUUUGAUUGACUUAACGCGCAGCCAAUAGGAAGCCGAGGACAAACAUGACGGCUCUCCUUGCGGUAGUCUCCUGCGGGGACCGUCUCUUUCCGGCGCAGUGAGCUGGGAGAUGCUGAUGCUGAGGAGCCUUGUAGAUGUGUAGCAUCAUCAGASCUCAAUGUUUGCCGAAAUGAUAUCUUACCAGCUGUCCUGUCAGAGGUUGCAGCAUUGCGUUGACCUAUGUCUGGGUCUGUUCCUGUUCUUAGCGGGGCUGCAGCAGGUGGAAGCAGCCGCCGCCGACACGGAGAUAACCAACAUGAACUGGAAGCCGUUCAUCUACGGAGGGAUGGCCUCGAUUGUCGCAGAAUUCGGAACAUUCCCUAUAGACCUGACCAAGACCCGGCUGCAGGUSCAGGGUCAGUCCCAGUACAUGGAGGUUCGCUACCGGGGCAUGUUCCACGCUCUCUUCAGGAUCGGCAGGGAGGAGGGGGUCCGAGCACUCUACUCYGGGAUUUCUCCAGCACUUCUGAGACAAGCGUCUUACGGGACAAUCAAGAUCGGGACGUACAACUCCCUGAAGAGGCUGUUUGUCAGCCGCCCAGAAGAUGAGACGAUGGUCAUCAACGUGUUCUGUGGUGUCGUCUCUGGAGUUCUGUCCUCCACCCUGGCCAACCCCACUGAUGUUCUGAAGAUCAGGAUGCAGGCUCAGGGCAGCCUCCUGCAGGGCAGCAUGAUGGCCAACUUCAUCAACAUCUACCAGACCGAGGGCACCCGGGGGCUGUGGAGAGGCGUCAUCCCCACCGCGCAGCGAGCAGCCAUCGUGGUGGGGGUGGAGCUUCCUGUCUAUGACAUCACAAAGAAGCACCUCCUCCGCUCCGGCCUGAUGGGGGACACCAUCCUGACACACUUCAUCUCCAGCUUCACCUGCGGCCUGGCGGGGGCGCUGGCCUCCAACCCCGUCGACGUGGUCCGGACACGGAUGAUGAACCAGCGGGUUCUGUCCGGGAGCCCCGUCUACAAAGGGACGCUGGACGGAGUGAUGAAGACGUGGAAGAACGAGGGCUUCUUCGCGCUCUAUAAGGGAUUCUGGCCCAACUGGCUGCGACUGGGACCGUGGAACAUCAUCUUUUUCAUCACGUUCGAGCAGCUGAAGAAGCUCCCGUUUUAACCGGAGCAGGAAGCCGGACCGGACCGGUCUGUUGGACUGGAGGUCUCCGAGGAGCAGUAGGACAUUUGGCACCAGCAGACUGAAGCGUGAGGGGAGAGGACGCAGCACAGAGUCAGUCACCUGCUCAGUUUGAGUUUAUUUUAUUUAUUUACAGCCACUGUUUGUCGUCAGGCAGCUAAACGAUGGGAGUUUAACUCGCGUCAAACAGCUCAGAAGAAUGAAGGGWCAGACAGGAACCAGGAUUCUCUAAGAUCUUUGUGUUUUUAUUUCUUUAAAGUCAACAGAAUGAGACUUUAUUAUUCCCCAAUUUAAAUUAUUACAUCCAAAAUAAACACAUUUUAUGUUAAAUAUUCAGGAAAAACCUGGACGAGCAGAAGAAACGACUCACCUCCUCUGACUGCUGCGCUCCACAUUAAAGGGAUAUUUCACCCAUUUUAAAGUGUUUGACUGUGCAACAGUUAUAAAUAAUAUCUUACCUGCUGUAGAUAGCUCUGUGAACAACCUCAGUUUGAAGGAAUCGUUUAUUCUGACGGGACUGAUGGCUGCACUAUUCUACUUUAAUUUAUAGCAGGAAAGAUAUGAAAUGUUUAACUUUUCCACCAAAAUAUUCCUUUAAUGUGUCAAACAGGAGCUGAGUUUAAAACUGCUCCUGUUCUCUAUUUAUAAAACUAUUUAUAACAAAAACCUGUUUUUAUAAAUU